GUGCGCUGCGACAGCUGACAGGAGCUGCGCCAGGUCAUGUCCACCAAGAAACACUCGCCGCAAACCAAGCGGUCCGAGGCGCUCAGCGGGCGGCUGUCGAAGUCUGCCUCCGAGCUAUCAUGCGCGUCUCCCGCGCCGCGCACGCCGCCGCCACGCGCGCGCUCCGCUCACCACCAUGCGCCACUGUCCGUCGUACAUCGCACGCAGCACUUCUUCACCAACCUCAAGAGCCGAUGGCAGCGCAGCAGAAGCAGAGAGCGGUGUCCGGCCGGCACGGCGUUCUCGCUGGCGCCCGGGCCCGACAGCAGCGGCACCGAGUACGCUGGCGACGGCAGCUCGGAGCACAGCACGCCGGCCCACUCCCCCAGGAGAGGCAAGACUGGAGAGGCAAGACUGGUCAUGGUUAGAGUGCGACAGAGCUCUCUCUCGCUCACACAGCAGUACGCUGGCGACGGCAGCUCGGAGCACAGCACGCCGGCCCACUCCCCCAGGAGAGGCAAGACUGGUCAGUGGUAG